CACUGCUCCACUGAGGGACUGAGUGAGUGAGGCACACGGAGAUUAAGAAAAACGGACAGUAGAAAGAAAGACAUGUGACAGUAAAGGAGCUCACUGAACUGUGGCUUUUCUACUUUGUAUGGGAGGCAGGAAACCACACAACUACCUGUCGAGAUGGGAAGUACAACCCUCCCAGUGUACCUCAACGUGACUGCGGGGAUGUUCAACUCGUCAUCAGACCAAGAUAAGAACGAGGAGGGCUACAGCGAGUUAACCAUGAUCGUGCUGGGCAUCGUCAUGUCCUUACUCGUCCUCGUCAUUGUGUUUGGCAACAUCCUGGUCAUCAUAGCCAUCGCUCGCUUCCAGCGUCUCCAAAAUGUCACCAACUGUUUCAUCACCUCCCUGGCCUGCGCUGACCUGGUCAUGGGUCUCGUUGUGGUUCCCUUCGGUGCCUGCUACAUCAUCUUUAAGACCUGGCACUUUGGACGUUUCUGGUGUGAGUUCUGGACCGCGACUGAUGUGCUCUGCGUGACUGCAAGCAUCGAGACCCUGUGUGUCAUCGCCAUCGACCGGUAUUUGGCCAUCACCUCUCCGUUCCGCUACCAGUCGAUCCUGACCAAGUGCAAGGCUCGCAUUGUGGUCGUGCUGGUGUGGGUGAUUGCCGCCUUGACGUCUUUCCUGCCCAUCUACAUGAAGUGGUGGAUAUCGGAUGAUGAGGAGGCGACGGUCUGCAAACAGAACAGCAAUUGCUGCGAGUUCGACACCAACAUGGCUUACGCCAUCACCUCUUCUAUCAUCUCCUUUUACCUCCCCCUGGUCAUUAUGGUCUUUGUCUACAGCCGCGUAUUCCAGGAGGCCAAGCGGCAACUGAAGAAAAUUUACCAAAGCGUUGGACGUUUUCAAAACAACGACAACAGCCACCUCAGAUCUCUGGAGGCCAACAACGGGCGUGGCAACAAGAAGGUCAGGUUUUGCCUGCGGGAACACAAAGCCCUAAAGACACUGGGCAUCAUCAUGGGGAUCUUCACCCUUUGCUGGUUGCCCUUCUUCUUGCUGAACGUGGUGGUGGCCAUAUGGAAGGUGAAGGGCAUUGACCUCACCUUUAGGAUACUCAACUGGAUUGGCUACGCGAACUCUGCCUUCAACCCGCUCAUUUACUGCCGGAGCGCCGAGUUCAGGUAUGCCUUCAAGGAAAUCCUCCGCAUGAAGAGGAACCGCCUCAGCAACCCGGGGCCAGUGAACGGAUACGUCUACGACAGGAACAGCUGGCAGAGCGAGCCGCACGGCAGGAGUAAAUGUAGCCUGGAAGACAGCGAGACUAACGAAGGGUGUCAGGGUAAAACAGCGGAGGGCUGCGGCGCCGUGGACAAAGCUGUGGACCCCAAUGGGAAUUGCAACAAAGGCCUAUCGACUGUAAUGACUGUCGUGUUAACUGGGAGCCCCUGAGACUUCUGUCAAUAGGGAGAUCGACACAUGUUUACACAGCUGCCGUAGACUUUUAAAACUUUGUAAAAAUGAAGGUAAGACCAGUCAAACCAGCUGGUAGAGACUCCUUCCCAGAAACUGUAAUAUUCAUGAGGAGCGGAGGAAAGUAUUUAUCUAUAAACUCAGUAAAUGAAUCCUGCAGGUUGAUCACUUUUGUUACAUUUCCCAUGUUAAACUUUCAUCUACCUCAUCACUUCUUUAACAUUUUACUCUCAUCUGAGAAUUUCACGACUACCUGUCACACUAGUGUCUCAGAUGUUUCUUUACUUAUUAUCUGGCUCAGAUUAAAUGUAUGGGCAUGUUUCUUCUUUCGGAAGUUCAUGGAACAAGAUCUAAAAAUGUAUUACAUCAAUUUAUUAAUGCAUUAUCUAUAGAUUUAUUACAAAAAAGUGUAAUUGGAGGCUUUAAAUGUCUCAUUAGACAAUUUGGCAUAAAUAGUGAGCAAUUUUUCCUUCAGAGAAUGCACCUACUCUACACCUAAUGCUUCUUUGGUGCUUAGUUUGAAGAAAUACAUUCCAAUCUACCAAAAUCUGAAUAUGGCUUGAUUUCAUAAUUCUCAUAGUUUUUACAUUCUAGUUAUUAUUUCUAUUUAUUCAGCGGCUCAGCAGUGCCGUGAGGCCCCACGGCCCGCUCUAGUGUUUUACAGCCUGGGUGUUCUUGUAGCAAGAAGAUUGCACCAGAUAUGUGAAGUUAUCUCACUGCGGCAAGCCUGUAAAUGCAUGGGGUCGUCCUCAAAAGCUUGUUGUAACAGCUAGAUUCCAUUUUGAGCUGUUAAGAUAUAUAAUAUCUUAAACAGGUGGCAUUAAUGUGGUUAAUCCUGGGUAUUGACCUUUUAAAGCUUGCACCUGUCAUAGAUAUAAAUGCACAGUGUUUAACACGGUUUUCUACUGCACAACCCUCCAGUCAUGUCUUGCUUUGUGCUUAACUUGCUGAAAAUGUAAACCAGUAUUUGACCCACGAUGAAGCCAUUAGAUUAGCAUACUGUAAACUAUGAGUCUUUCCUGUUCCCCUUAUGUGGCGGUAGCAAAACAGUUAUUUCUGUCGUUUCUUAAAUUGUGGGGUUUCUGUGUUUCGGCAUGUACAGUGUUGACUGAAACCAGAGAAGCUGUUUCCUUAGCCAUGGCACAGGGUACAAAACCACACACAAUAAUAAACAGUGCGUCGAAAUAUGGCCGUGCGAUAACACCAUCCAGGCCAGAGACUGGUCUUGACUACUCAGAGGCCGAUUAAUUGAGAUGACAAAAUAAGUCCCGAGCAGUGCACCAUUGUCUCCCUGACGUUUCCCAGUCUCCCUGACUCUAAACAUAUGUCUGGAUGUCUGGGAAACGCGUCUAACAUUUGCAUAUGGGAGCAGUGCUGUUUCCGUCCGUCUACUUUUGUUGCUGCAUGGUGCAAAGUCUCCAGGAAAUGCCGCCAAUCCAGCUGAGCCCAGCGUGAAUAACACAAAUAAAUCCGUUAUCUCUAGCGUUUAGCGGGAUAAUCAGAUUACCCCCUCUUCGGAAACGCUGAAAUAGAUUAGUAAAUUGCAAAGUAUACACUUUCCUAUCGGAAUGAUGACUUUGGAUGACGGCUUGAACUGGAGAAUUCACCGACUUUUUCCACGCCACGCGACAGGUGUGGGCCCUUUUCCCCUGUCAGUUUGGCGUCCUGAUCAAAGUGACAGCAUGCUAAAUGUGGCUAUAGAAGUCGAGGGGGGGGGGGAGCACAGACUCACUGUCAGCGUCUAAAUCUGUGUUUGUGACCUGUGUUUUAGUGCAUGUAGCGUUGCCUCUGGUCAUCUGACUCGAGUCAAAACUGUGAACUUUGUCCCCUCACAGGAAUUCAUAUGUACUGUAUUGCUAGGUUUGGUCAGUGCUGUUGUCCCUUACUUUAGGAAUAGACGUAAAUAUGUUGUGAUCUGUCAGUGUUUGCCAUGUGAAAAACAAAGUUUCCCAUCUGUUGAUAUUUUUUGCUGUUUAUCUUUUCCAUGGAUUUACAGCAAAGUAAAUGCAAAGGUUGAAUGUCAUAAGAAAUGUUCCCCAGGUUGAUAUUUUUCCCCCCCAGCAUUUUCACUGUACAACAAUCCACAAAACGGAUAAAGAUUCAAGACCAACAUUUUGACAAGAGCACGAUUGUCACUAAAUUGAAAAAGGGUGUAAACGUCCGUCAUUGGAGGAAGGACUUUGCGUGCAUGUGUACGAGAUGGUUUUGCAUGUCUGCUUUAUCUCAUUAUGGUGAUGUGUAUGUGGUGCCACUUACAAGUGAUCCGUCAAAGUCCAAGAAGAGUGGGUUGUGAAAGGUACGUCCACACUGCUCCCUCCUGGCAGUGGCCUCUCCUUGCACCUCAGCUGUCUCAGAGUUAUUAAUGGUUACCGUUACAUCAAUACACCUGUAUAAUAAGAGGGAACGUCAUUCACGUCUGGAGGACACACAACAAAGUCACAUGCAAUGAGUCUUGAAUCCUUAAUUAAUGCUAAAACAUUCCAAGUAGAGCAGACGGUUUGUUUACCGAUGCACACGAUGAACAUUCAGUUCUCACUAAUUUGGCCUGAGAUCACCCAUCGUAACCACUGGUACCAACUCUGCACACAUGAAAGGUUAUUUUUAAAGUGGAUUCUGAGUUAAAGACAAGUGUAAAAGACUUUAUUGCAACGUCUCAUGUGUAUUUAUAUUGUGUUACGAUGAACGCUGAGGUGGGUUCAUGCUAAUGUUAUCCUCACUUAUCCAUUGUUCCUACUUCAUAAAAGUCACAGUAGUCCACGUACACAACUCCCCACGGUUUAGCGUAGCGUCGUUUAGCUCAAGGCACGAGACAUUUGUUUCGGAACAAUUGAAAGCAAGUUUGAGUUUGUGAACUGUAAAUAACUGCUGCCUGAAGAGUUCACUUGUGCCAUUGUAUUUUUGUGGAAGUCCUCUUUCCGCUUUGUGACAAAAAAAAAAAAGCGAGAGUCAUGAGAAACUGCAGCGUCGCGGCACGGAUUUCGAAGGUGGAUUGCCUUGAGCGGUUUGUGAACGUGAUCUCUCUAUGAAAGUUAAUGUGUACGUUGCUUUUGCCAGAAUUUUAAAAAACAAACCUAUUACAUGUGAAUGUUUUUUUUUUUUUCUGACCGAAAGGAACCGUCACUCAGUUGAAUGUUUACUAAAUGUUUGCAAACCCUGUUUUUGCACAAGUUGCUGUCACUGUUUGUCAAGAUACAGAGCCUGCUACAACAUGUGGUGUCCUGUGGUAUUUAUGAAAACACAAUUGUAACAUUGGUAUUGAAAUA